AUGGCUCAGCUAAUCAACGGUGCAUCAGAAUCAACGGAAAUGAAACCGGGUGGCGAUCAAAAUGAAAAAAUACUAUUUGGGGCUUCAAAACCUGCAUCUCUACCUGCAUACGGUAGUACGCGUAUGGUGCAAAAUGUUCUCCUUAUUUGGUUAGACAAGAACAUUAAUCUAGGAAAGAGUAAAGAUAACCAAAACACCAUGAGGAGUCUGCGCGGUGUCGUUAAUACCAUUGAAACGUUCACAGACGGUGAAAAGUGUAUUGAAUUCAUUAAAACCGUACAAAAUAAUGACAAAAUUUGUAUCAUCGUUUCUGGUUCAUAUGGAGAAACUAUUGUACCACCUAUUCACAGUAUGCCACAAGUUGACUCUAUUUUUGUCUUUUGCAAUAAUAAAUCGUUCCACGAAGGAUGGGCUAGAAAUUGGAAGAAGAUCAACGGCGUAUUCACAAAUAUCGAACGGAUUUGUGAGGCUCUCAAAAGAGCAACACAACAAUGUGAGCACAACGCUGUUUCGAUCAGUUUGUUGGCAGCUGAUGAUGGUGCAGCUAAUAAAAAAUUGGAUAAAUUAGAAUGCUCCUUCAUGUACACAUUGAUUCUCAAAGAAAUUCUACUGACAAUCAACUUCGAAGGAAAACAUGUUAAAAAUUUUAUUCAUACUUGUCGCAAGGAUUAUGACGGCAAUGAUCGUGAAUUAAAAAAUAUCAAAAAAUUCGAAAAAGAUUAUCGUAAAAAGACACCUAUUUGGUGGUACACUCUAGAAUGUUUCAUGUAUGCGAGGCUUAACCGUGCGUUACGGCUAAUGGAGGUAGAUGAUAUCAUUGACAUGGGCUUCUUCAUUAAUGAUCUUCAUCGUCAAAUUGCAGAAUUAAAUCAAAAACAAUUCCGUGCUAUUCAAGAUUGCAAAAUGUUAACACUCUAUCGUGGACAAGGUAUUUCUAUCGCAGAAUUCGAAAGAAUGAAAAAAGCACAAGGAGGACUUCUGUCGUUCAAUAGCUUUUUGUCUACCAGCAGGAAUCGUAGCGCUGGUCUAGAGUUUUCUAUAAAAAAUCUUCGGAAUCCAGAUUUGAUUGGUAUUCUCUUUGUCAUGACUGUUAUUCCAUCACAAUCAAAGACAGCUUUUGCCGAUAUUAAAGAUAUUAGUUAUGUUCAGAAAGAAGACGAAGUUCUCUUCUCAAUGCAUACCGUGUUUCGUAUUGGCAAUAUUAAACCCUUAGAUGACGAACAGCGACUCUUCGAAGUUGACUUGCUUCUUACUGCUGACAAUGAUAAGGAUUUUCGAGCACUUACUACUCGCUUACGACAAGAGAUUGCUCCAGUGAAAGAAGGUUGGGACCGAUUGGGAUUUUUACUACUCAAAAUGGGACAGCAUGAUAGAGCUGAAAAAGUCUACGAAGUUCUGCUAGCACAGACAACUAAUGAUAUUGAAAAAUCAAAUCUUAACGUUGGACUUGGAAAUGUUAAACAUAGCCAAGGCAAAUAUAAUGAAGCAAUUCGAUGCUUUAAAAAUGCACUCAAAACUUACAACAACGCUUUCGAUCUUAAGUACACUACUUUAUCUGCUAUCCACAAUAACAUGGGCUGUGUAUAUAGAAAAAUGCAUGAGUACUCACAUGCGCUGGCGUCGUAUCACGAAACGCUUGCGUUACAACGACAAUCGCUUGUUUCGAAUGAUCCCGCUUUGGCUUCUACUCACAACAACAUUGGGAAUGUAUAUGCGGAUAUGGGACAGUAUACACAGGCACUAUCAGCACACCAGGAAGCUCUAGCAAUUCGUCAAGUAGCACUUCCGCCAACUCAUCCUGAUUUGGCUUCAACUUACAAUAAUUUGGGCAAUGUACUUUACAAAACCAAUCAGUAUCAUCAUGCGCGUGUCUGUUACGACAAAGCCGUAAGCAUCGCAAAAAGUUCAUUGCCUUCUAAUCAUCCUGACAUUGAGACGUAUCUCAAAAACCUUUAUUCAGUUAGUAAUCACUUGUAG